AUCGCCGUUUUGUUUCUCUUUUAUUACGAUUCAAUCCUCCUUUCUUAGGUCAGUGACUCAAAAGAAAGGGUUUUGCGUUUUCAAAUUAAAAAUCUGAUCUUUCAUCUGCUCGUUUGAUUUGGUGAGAAGGAGAAGCUUAACAAGCCCUUCAUUUACUCUGCAAUUAAAUCUUUCUUUUCUCAGGUAAUCGAUGAUUGUUAGGUAUCUAAUUUGACAUAUUGGUGGCCCUUAGCUUUCUACCUUCCGAUACCAUUGGCCUAUAUCUGCCUGAUUUUUGAUCUCUUUGUAGUCAACUGAAAAGAAAUAGUCACAGGUUUACAUUGAUAGUUAGUUCUGGAAAUCAUGGAAUGCAAUAAAGAUGAGGCCAUAAGGGCACAGACAAUUGCUGAGAAGAAAUUCAAGGACAGGGAUGUUGUUGGUGCAAGAAAAUUUGCCUUAAAGGCCCAAAAUUUGUAUCCACAACUUGACGGUAUUUCGCAAAUGUUGAGCACGUUUGAUGUUCAUAUUGCUGCAGAGAACAGAGUAAGUGGUGAAAUGGACUGGUAUGGAGUACUAGGUAUAACGCCAACAGCUGAUGAUGAUACAGUAAGGAAACAGUAUCGGAAGUUGGCCCUCUUGCUACACCCUGAUAAAAACAAGUCUGUUGGUGCUGAUGGUGCCUUUAACUUUAUCUCAGAGGCUUGGAGUUUGUUAUCUGACAAGGCGAAGAGGUUAGCUUAUAACCAGAGGAGGAGUAGUGUAAUGCUUCAACAGAGAGUGCAUACACAACCUCAAAGACCAUAUUCAGCACCAAAUUCGAAUGGAGUUGGUCACUCUACAAAUAGCGUACAUUCGAAACCAACAAGUCAGAGGACUACUUUUACCCCUGCACCCUCUCGACCAACAACUCAGAGGAGUACUGCUGCCCCUCAGCAUUUUCGAAGACCUGAUGCCUUUUGGACUAUGUGCAGUCAUUGCAAGAUGCAGUACGAGUACUUGAAAGAAUACCUUAAUGCCUCCAUUCGUUGCCCCACUUGUCGUAGUAUUUUUAUGGCUGCAGAGGUGGUGCCACCAGUUGAGCCAUUUCACUCAACUUCUCAGCACUCUAAUCAAAAUCUUGGGAAUCAUGCUCCUAGUAGCAUUAGUGGAAGAAAUACUGUAGCCUCAGAAAAUGCACGAGAAGGCGGGUCUACUGUUCCUAAUAUAUCUAAGCAUACAGAUUUUUAUAUGGGUGCCGACCCUACUAUGGGACAAACUGUUAAGGCUGACCCGUUCGUUGCAGCAAAGGCAUCAAAUGUUUAUCAGCAUGCAAAGUCUAGAUUGAAGAGGGAAUAUGAAGGGUCACAGGGUUCUACUCUAAAGGGAGAAGCCUCCUUAAAAAGAAGAGUUUUAAAUGGUAAUGAUAUCCAUUAUGGAGUCAGGCCUCCAUUUCAGAUGCCCUCGGAUUAUAGUAAAAAUAGCAAGGGGUAUGUAUCAGGAUUGCAGGGGUUUGUAGGUGUAAACAGUAGGCCCAAAAACACUAGAGAAUUGACGCCUCUUGAAAACCGAAAAAUGCUAACCGACAAAGCUAUGAUGGAGAUCUGUAAGAAGCUGAAUGAAUGGAAAUCGGAGGCUCUUAAUAUGGCUGCAGAGAAAGAAAGGAGAGGAGAAAAAAUGGACUCUGCACUGGCAGAUAGUGUCGCCAAGUCUUCCAUGACUAAAAGAGAUGACAAAGCUGGAAAGAAUCUUGGAACCAAAUCUGCUGAUGAUGGAAAGAGUGAGGUCCCUGUACUGUCGAUGAAUGUUCCAGAUCCUGAUUUUCAUGAUUUUGACCAGGAUAGGACAGAAAUGUCAUUUGAAGAUAAUCAAGUCUGGGCUGCAUAUGAUGAUGAUGAUGGCAUGCCUCGGUUUUAUGCUUUUGUCCAGAAGGUGAUUUCCCACAAACCAUUUAAAUUGAGGUUUAGCUGGCUUGCCUCAAAAACUAACAGCGAGUUUGGUUCAAUGGAGUGGGUAAGUUAUGGUUUUGCCAAAAGCUGCGGAGACCUUCGGAUUCAGAAAUAUGAAGUCAUCAAGUCUUUAAAUACAUUCUCACACAGAGUUAAGUGGACUAAGGGUCCACGCGGGGUAAUUCAAAUAUUUCCACAGAAAGGGGACAUUUGGGCUCUCUAUAGAAAUUGGUCCAAUGACUGGAACGAGCAUACACCUGAUGAUGUGAUUCACAGGUACGACAUGGUAGAGGUGCUUGAUGACUACAAUGAGGAAAAGGGCAUUACUGUUGCUCCACUGGUCAAAGUUGCAGGUUUCAAGACAGUAUUUCGUCCCCAUCACAGUAAUAUAAUGACAAUACCGAAAGAAGAGAUGUUCCGUUUCUCCCAUCAGGUUCCAAACCAUGUGCUUACAGGACAAGAAGGACCAAAUGCUCCGAAAGGUUGCCAGGAGCUAGAUCCAGCAGCUACUCCUUUAGACCUUCUUCAGGUGAUUGAUGAAGUUGAAGUUCCUGCUGUGGAGAAUCAUGGGCUCGCGAACAAAGAGAUAUUGCCGAAUGCUUCAGGGAUCAGUGUAAUAUGAAAACGCUGAAUAUCUGAAAUAUGUUUGGUCAAAACGAAAGGUACUUAAAGUGAUCCUGUAUACAAAAUUUACCAGGAGAAAUAGUCAAAUUAGCUUUGUUAUAUCUUUUAUCUGAAGAUUAUUGACAACACAUACCACAUGUUUUUUGGUAUUUCAGUUCCCUCCAUGACUUAUUAACAAAAAAUAUUCACUCCGAUGUUUUUUGAUGAAUAAGUGGAUUAAUUCUGAAAUUUGAGUUCUUUGCUA